GCUGAUAGCACGGAGGUUAUUGAAAAUUUUUAUUUCCGAGAUACCCGACAAAAUUGGCCCAUCACUUUGAAGAUGAGAAGGAUUUAUUUGCAUUCUUUGCUUGAUUUUGUAACUGAAAAAGAAGACAAAAUUAGGCAGGCACUGGAAUCAGAUCUGGGAAAAGUUCUUACGUCAGAGAUUUUGUGCGUCAAGUAUGAAAUUCAGCAAUUGUUAAAAAACCUUCGAUCAUGGACUAAAACUCAGCCAAUGCCAAAAACUAGGAUAUUCCACAAAGAUGAAUGCGUGGAAGAGUUGCUUGCUCUUGGAACUGUUCUAAUUAUUUCCUCCUGGAGCUCACCUUUCCAAAACAUUAUGAUUCCUCUGGCAGGAGCUAUUGCGGCUGGAAACUGUGCUAUAAUUAAACCGGCUGAUCUAGCUUUAGCGACCAACCAGCUCUUUGUUGAACAAAUUCCGAAGUAUUUUAAUCGCAGCGUCUGUCAAGUUUUGACUUGUACAUUAAUGGAGACAAAGGACUUCCUCAAAGAGCACCGCUGUGACUUUAUUUACUUCACUGGAGCUUACGAUGAUGGAGUUUAUAUCAUUCCUGUUUAUAUUGAUUCCUCAGCUGACAUCGCUUUGGCUGCUAAACGAGUAAUGUGGGGAAAAGUUUUUAACUGCGGGCAAAUGGCCGUCGCUCCAGACUACGUACUUUGUCAUGCUGACGUGCAGGUUGGUGUUAAUGAUAAAUUAGUCAUCAGUCACAAUUUUAAGAAACGUAUAUAG